AUGUCGCCGCGGCCCAGCUGCCCAUGGCCGCCGCCCGGCCGCCUGCGCCGCCGCGCCCCGCGUUGCCACGGGAACCGGGCAGCCCUCACUGACAACCACCCCCGCCCCUACCGCCAGGCUCCGAGAAGGAGGGAAGGAGAGGGAGGGAGGGAGGAACGAACGCCGCUCGGUCGCUCGGCGUGUCCCGGCGCUCACACCCUAGGCCCGUCCCGCGCACACGCCGCCCCUCCCGCCCGGCGCCGCAGCUCCUCCCUGGGGCGGGCCCGGGGAGCGGCUCCACCGCCGCACGGCAGAGGAAGCGCGGCCGCGUCGCGGAAAGCAAGAUUUGCUGUCUCAAUGGACGUGGUACCAGCCUGGGCCCCAGCAGUGGGUUUCACACUCCUGCCCCAUGCAGGAGGAGUUUUAGGAAGUAGGAUAACCAAAAAGGAAAUCCCAGUGUGGUAUGAGUCGCUACAGAAGCCAUCCUGGUGUCCUCCUAACUGGGUGUUUGCUCCUGUUUGGGGAAGUCUCUAUACAUUUAUGGGAUAUGGCUCCUACCUGGUGUGGAAGGAAUUAGGAGGCUUCAGUGAAAAGGCAGUGGUUCCUCUGGGGCUGUAUGCAGGGCAGCUGGCAUUAAACUGGGCAUGGACUCCAAUAUUUUUCGGAGCUCACAAAAUGGGAUGGGGCUUGGCGACUCUCCUGCUCACGACUGGUACAGCAACAGCUACAACUGCUUCCUGGUAUAAGAUCAACAAAACUGCAGCUUAUUUGAUGGUUCCUUAUUUAGCUUGGCUAACCAUGGCUUCUGCACUCAAUUACCGCAUCUGGAAGGACAAUGGUAGCAAGAAACAACCUGAAUAAGCCAUUUUCAGUUAAGAAGAUUUUUACUCUUUUUUUCUUUCCAGAAGAAUUUUCUAAAUAAUGUUACAGCCUCUGUUUUCAGCUGAACUACUUAAACCAUUUUAGUCUAAAAAUUCCAAGCUGACAAAGCAGUACUUGUUUAAAAUAAAUGUGCCUUUACUAGGUGAGCCACAAAGGGGGUGUAUGCCUGAGUGGGUUUUAUAGCAAAGCAGGAGAUAGUGGUGAUUCAGAAGUUGGUUUGCUGUGUUACAGCAUCACGUCUUAUGCGACAACAGCAUUUUAACUAUUACCAGAAAUAAACAUCAACUCCCAGCUUCAUUAUGCUCAGAGGAGGAAAUCUACACAUAUAUUAACACAGCUUCCAGAAAGCUGCUCCUGACAGUGGGAGGCAUUAUUGUAGCCUGAAUUGCUGCAAACAAGCUUAAAAUCUCAGACUGCAUAAUAGGUAUUUCAUGGUGGGCAGCAGAACUUUUGCAACUUGUACAUAUACAUGCAGCAACAUAAAUACAGACCGAAACUGCUAAACUUCAGCCUGGUAUGAGGAGAGAGCAGGAAUGAUUAAUUUCCAACUGAUGUCCCUCUCCCAAAACUGUCUAUCCUAGGCCCUGAACUUUGGAGUCCAUAGACUAAUUAGGCUUCUAGCAAAAUUUUUUCCUUAUCCCUUUCAUUUCUUCAGGUAUUUUAUUCAUUCCUGUGCUGCAUUUGACACUGCAUCCUUAUCAUUUCCUGCCUGACCCCUUCUCAAAAGUCUAGUUUCUUUAGCAGGCAGGCUAAUGAUGACAGCCAGCAGUACAAGGUUCCUAAAUGUUGAGGGGGUUAUUUGCCACUUUUUUUUUUAAAGAAGAAAAAUGAGCAGAGCCAUCAGAUCUUUAAUCUCAUUACCCUAGCAGUUCAAUGCAUUGAAAUAUGGCAUUGUUUUCCUACUAGAACAUUUUAGAUCUGUAUUAGAGGGAUUCAUAAGAAAGAGGCAUAGAAACUCCAACAUGAUUCAGUAAAUUGUAGUUUUAUUGUUGACAUGGGGAACUUAUGCAGUGUUUCUCAGCAAGCAAGGAAUUAGGUUAUCUGAAAAACAAGGCAACAGCUCCAGCUACUGUCCUGUUCAAGGUCUCCCAUAUUUUACCAACUCAAAUUGAUGAUUUAUACAACUAAGCCAGACAAGGAAAAUGCAGAUGAAUUGAUGAUCAGUACAGCGUAUGCAUGUGGUUCUGAUACCUUUUUCCCCCCCUGUGUUAUUAGUACAGGAAAAGAGUUGCACCAGCAGCUCACAGAACUGAAAUAUAAAUCUUGCUGUAAAGCAUAUCUGAGAAGGAUAGAGUCAAACCUCCUGUGGCUAGACAAUGCGUGUCACGUGGCAGCCGUCUGUUUCAUCCAGAAACAGGGUGCUGAAGACAUCAUUAAAAAAGGUGGGGUGGUAUUUGCAGGCUCUGUCACAGUCAGGAUUAAAGUUGACCUCCAGGAUCUGAGGCUGCAUGUUUCUUUUUCCUGUGAAAGGUAACACAAACAUUUCCCUUUAAUACAAGCUCUACAGAGAUCCUGGAUCACUGCCUGUGUUUAAGGCACAGAUAAUAGAGAAUGACUAAAGCACCAUCUUUUAGGACUCAAGCUGGCAAGUCAAGCAAGUGGCUGUGGAUUUUCUUCUUUCCUUUUUUCCUCUCUUUUCUCUCCUUCUUUGGAGGGAUGUUCUACCAUCAUUAUCCAGAGGAUAAUUAUCCCAACAAGAUUCUGCAAUCCCUAUGCUAAUCCAAUGCCUUAUUUCAAAUGAGAAUUUGCAGGCAUUUCAUAGGACCUCCCUGAUACAGCUGUCUUGCUUGCCAGUCUGAAACAUCUUCCACAAAACUGUUUCUGCUUUCAUGUUUCAGUAUGAACCUGUCUUUAUUAAAGAUUUUAGAUGUCUGUCUUCCCAGU